AUGUAUCCGGUUGACUUGCUCAAGACUCGAAUGCAAGUGUUAAAUCCAUCUGCUGGCGGGCUGUAUACGGGCCUCAGCAACGCUGUCACAACGAUCUCCCGGAUUGAGGGCUGGAGGACUUUAUGGAAGGGUGUGUCGAGUGUGAUUGUGGGUGCUGGUCCUGCUCAUGCUGUUUACUUUGGAACAUAUGAAGUGGUUAAGGAGCUCGCGGGAGGCAAUGUUGGAAGUGGCCAUCAUCCAUUCGCGGCCGGAUUGAGCGGAGCCUGUGCCACAAUUACGAGUGAUGCCUUGAUGAAUCCAUUUGACGUGAUCAAGCAACGCAUGCAGGUCCACGGCUCCGCGCAUAAGACCAUGAUCCAAUGCGCGCGUACCGUCUACCGCAGCGAAGGAAUUCGAGCAUUUUACGUCUCCUACCCUACAACGCUAUGCAUGACGAUUCCAUUCACGGCCACCCAGUUCAUAGCCUACGAAUCCAUCUCGAAAGUCAUGAACCCUUCAAAGGCUCACGAUCCCUUCACCCACUGUAUCGCUGGUGGAUUGGCUGGUGCUGUCGCUGCUGCCAUUACCACCCCGCUUGAUGUGAUCAAGACAGUGCUACAGACCCGGGGUACUGCAGAAGAUAUUGAGGCCCGUUCUGCUCGCGGCCUGUUUAACGCGGCGGGAAUUAUCAAACGCCAGUAUGGCUGGUCUGGAUUCAUCCGCGGAAUACGCCCAAGAGUCAUCGCCACCAUGCCCAGCACCGCUAUCUGUUGGACUUCAUACGAAAUGGCCAAGGCAUACUUCAAGCGACAAACCGUGUCCGAAUCGCUCACGUGA